AUACGCACUUCUAUCUCUAUUACUACAUUUCUGUUCGGCGUGUACUUAAAAAAAAACCAGCAACAAGAAGACCGUAUCUAAAGUUGCUCAAAUUGGCUCUGGAUGUGGCAAAUGUAUGUCCUCGUGUAUUUAAUAAUAUAUACGUAUAUGCAUUGGCAAUGUAGGUACUGUUUCAAAUGAAAUGUACCACAGAUGACAACAUAUGCUUAUUCUCCUGCUUUUUCUCAUUCGGUGCAGUUUAUAUUUCUAAUGUUGCCAUUUUAUGAAACUUUUGUAGACUACGGCACAAUCGUCAUCGAUUAUCACUUUCCUUCGGGAUUACAAGGUCCAGAACAUCCCAAUCCCGGGCGGUAUUAUGACGGCACAUCACGCACUGCUUAUCUCCCAGAUAAUCGUGAAGGACGAGAGGUGCUUCAUCUUCUGAGGAGAGCCUUUAAUGCUCGACUGGUAUUUACAAUCGGUAUCUCAAAUAGAACAGGACUUUCAAAUCAAGUGAUAUGGAAUGAUAUUCUUCACAAGACCAACAGAUUUGGGGGUCCUGACAAGUAAGGAGAAAUUCUGGAUAAGCAAUAUAUAUAGUCCAUAUAUAGACUGCUUGCAGUCCGUCUUUUCUCUUAAAAUCCGUCUAGUCCAUACAUGUUUUCCUGGUACUUCUCGUCACUAGUCCGUUGUGGGCCAAUUUAGCCUCACGUCAAGCAGACUUGCAGACUUACACUAUUACUACCAGUAUACCACUAUAAGGUUCUGUAACUAUAAGUGAAGCAAAGGUUUUGCAAAAUAAAUAUCGCAAUUGUAGAAUCGAGCAGUCAGGGAGUCAUUCUUUGAGGUUAACACUGUGAUAAUAAUUAUAAUCAUAUAUGAUACAAUUGUUUCCUCGUUUUGCAUGUACCUGUAGUAUCCAGUAUCUUUGUAUCCUUGUAUCUCUCUAUUCAUCCGAUCCAUCCAUCACUACCGCUCUGCUUCCUUGUCUUUUGUCCAUCCAUCAGUUCGUCCGUCGCUUUAUUUUUUUCUUGAAUUCAUUCAUCUAUCCAUCCAACCAUGUUUUGUGCUGCAUGUCCUACUAUCUACCCGUUUCAUGUAUCCUUUAUGGCCUAAUAGCUUUCGCUUAUUGCUAACAGGAAUUAUCUUAGCUUGCUUGACUGCUUUUAAAGCAGUCCUCUUUACCCAUUAACGUGAUUUUGUCUUUGUUUAAGGUUUGGCUAUCCCGAUCCAGACUAUUUUCAGAGGGUCAAACAAGAAUUGGCUACUAAAGGAAUCCAAUGAAUGAUAGUGUCUUAAAUUAGGUUGUACAUGCGGUGUAAUCUUCACUGCUAUUUUCAAUUCUCGAAGAAGGAUACUAACUAAGAGAAUGGUCGGUGAAGAAGGUUUCGUAGAUUUCACAGUACAUAUGCCAGUUAGUGGUCAUGGUCGGUACGUUCAUUGUUAUUUUCUGUUUUGUUUUAUCUUUCUUUGAUAAACUCAGAGGCUUGUUAAUAAAGAAGGAAGCAGUUAGCUUGUUUUUAAUUUCCAUAUUUUAACGGUUUUGGUUCUUGAUGCCAGUUAUCGCCGGCGACAGGAACUUACAUACUAUAAUCAGGUCAGUGAACAAGAAAACGUGCGGUUGAAUUUCAAUUUGCGGAAAAUAUUUUGAACUUUCGGUUAAAAGUCAGUUUAUCUGUUCUCAGAAAAUUAGUUUGUCGUGGCGUAGUCCGUGGCGUAUAGGACUGUUGAUAUAACAGAUGUACACUGUAGCAUGCUAUUGGAUCGUUUUGUAGAUAUUUUGUAGGCAACUGAAUGCCUUUUUCGGGCUAUGCAUGUUCAAAAGUAUACCGGAUAGCUUUUGGUGUCGGUCAAUAGUCCGGUAUGUAAAGUCAGCAAAAGUGCAAGAAGUAGUUUAAACCACUCGUGCAAGUGUAGCGAUACCUUUGCCAAUGUCCAAAUGUGGGCAUUUAAAUCACUGAUAAAGAUUCAUUUUGCGGGGAAGUAUUUUGGCCUGACACCAUUAAAAGAGACGGGGAAGAAGUACAGGAAAAAUAAUCUCGCUCAGUGUUACUUGAGAUGCCGGGUUAUUGACUUCUAAGGCCUCUUGCCUCGUUACCGUUAGGCAGGCUGUAUAGAUAUAUGUCCGCUAGGGAUAUUACGGAAUGCAGACAAGAUAGCCACCAGGGCCAUGUUAUUCAAAGCAGGAUCAAGAUAAUCCAGGAUUGGCGCGAAAUUAAAACACAGAUCUCCCGCCUGCAAGGCAAAUCCGGGUUGAUAAUUUUUGCCAACAGUUCCUUGUUUGGUUGCUCCAAAAUGACCAGUUAAAAUAAACAGAAAACUGAUCUGGAAUAAAAUUUUGCACGCCCUCAGUGGCUAGCGAUUAUCGGACGUCAAAGCAAUUGCAACUGGGCACGCCGCGCAAGCUUUUGAACAGUUGUCAGUUACCUGAAAGAAGACAUUGCCUUGAUUUGUAUUUUUGCAUGGCAUGGUCGGAGUCUUGUAUCUUUU